AUGUCUCGACGUGCUCCUCCACCUAUCGAAGGGCUUUAUUCCUUGAAGGUUGAUAAUAUCUCGUACAACACAACGCAAGCGGAUCUUCGAAGAAUGUUUGACAAAUAUGGAGAUAUCGGAGAUAUUCAUAUUCCACGAGACAAGUACACCCGUCAGAGCAAGGGUUUUGGAUUUGUGCGGUUCUACAGCCGCCGCGAUGCUGAGUAUGCGAUGGAUCGCACUGAUGGACGCUGGGUUGAAGGACGCGAGAUUCGUGUAGCAAUGGCUCGCUAUGAACGACCCAUAGACGAGAGAGGAUCCUAUGUAAGACGUGGAAGGUGA